AUGUCUCGCAUGCUCUCUGCUCAAGAGGUUCAGAAGCACAACAACCCGGAUGACCUUUGGAUCGCCGUAGACGGCAACGUAUACGACAUGACUGAAUUCACGCCAGAUCACCCAGGCGGCCCGGAGAUCAUCCUCCGGCACGCCGGCGGCGACGCCUCCGCCGCCUACAACGAGGUUCACGGGCCCUCGCUCAUCAAAGACCAUCUCCCUGCGGCCAAGCACAUCGGUUCCAUAGACGCCAGCACUCUUCCUCCGCCGCAGAGGCCACAACCGACACAGCAACAGCAACAGCCCAGCUUACCGUCAGGAGCCACCUCGUCCCAGCCCCCGGCACCGCCCAGCACCAAGCCGCCCCUGUCGACGCUGAUCAGCGCGCACGACUUCGCCGCCGCGGCCUCGCGCACCUUCACCCCGAAGGCCUGGGCCUUCGCCUCCUCGGCGGCCACGGACCUGCACACCCUGCGAGCCAACGCGGGCGCCUACGCCGCCGUGGGCCUGCGCCCGCGCGUCCUCGUCGACGUGAGCGGGCGGGCCGACACGUCGGCGCGCUUCCUCGGCCGGCGCGCGCGGCUCCCGCUCUUCGCGAGCCCGACCUCGAUGGGCCGGCAGUUCCACCCGGAGGGCGAGCGGGAGGUCGCGCGCGGGUGCGCCGCGGCGGGCGUCCCGCAGUGCGUGUCGACCAGCGCGUCGUUCCCGCUGCGCGAGAUCGUCGCCGCGGGCCGGGAGCGGAGCCGCGGGCGGCGGCAGCAGCAGCAAGAAGAGCAGCCCGUGGUGUACUUCCAGCUCUACGUCGACAGGGACCGGCGCAGGUCGGAGGCGCUGCUGCGCGAGGCGGCGGCGCAGGGCGCGGCGGCCGUGUUCCUGACCGUCGACGCGCCCGUGCCGGGCAAGCGCGAGGCCGACGAGCGGGUGCAGCUCGACGCCGCCGCCGCCGCCGUCGCGACGCCCAUGACGGGCCUGGCGGGCACGGCGGCGCGCGGCGACGCCAAGGGCGGCGCGCUGGGCCGCAUCAUGGCCCGCUUCAUCGACGACUCGGUCUCCUGGCGCGACGUGGCCUGGAUCCGGCGGACCGUCCCCGGCGUGCCGGUCGUGCUCAAGGGCGUGCAGACGUGGAUGGACGCCGUGGCGGCGGCCGAGGCCGGCGUCGACGGCAUCGUGCUGUCCAACCACGGCGGGCGCAGCCUGGACACCUCGCCGGCGCCCCUGCUCGUGCUGCUCGAGCUGCACAGGAACUGCCCCGCCGUGUUCGACCGGCUCGAGGUCUUUGUCGACGGCGGGAUCACGAGGGGCACCGACAUCUUCAAGGCGCUGUGCCUGGGCGCCAAGGCCGUGGGCGUCGGCAGGGGCAUCCUGUACGGCGUGAACUACGGCGAGGAGGGGAUUGUGCGGUACAUCGACAGACGAGUUGGAGACGACGAUGAAGAUGUGCGGCGUGACGAGUCUGGACCAGGUUCAUCCUGGCCUGGUGAAUACUCUGGCCGUGGAUCAUCUCAUUCCCGGUCCAGAGAUACAUCCAGAAACCUCGAAGUUAAACGCACUUCAGAUCUUGGGGCGUCCAAGACAUGUCACCGCUUCACCACCGGAUAUGAGGCCGAUCGAGAAGCAUUGUCACCAUCCACCGUUACUCAAUAG